CGGGCGCGCAGGGCGCUGCGUGCGCUGGACGCGGGGCUGCGCUCCUCGCUCCUCGGGUGCGCUCCUGGGCGCUCGCCGCCGCCGCGCCUUGAGUCAGCAAACUCCGCGGUCCUCCCGGCCCGCCGCCGCCGCCGCCGCCCAGACCGCGCCUCCCAAGUGCUGGGAUUAUAGUUGUGUGCCUCCUUGUCCAAUUCCUGAAUCCUUUAGGAAGAUAUGAAAGGUUGAUCGUGUACUGAGUUGAAGAUGUUUCCUGAACAGCAGAAAGAGGAGUUCGUAAGUGUCUGGGUCCGAGACCCCAGGAUUCAGAAGGAGGACUUUUGGCACUCUUAUAUCGACUAUGAGAUAUGUAUUCACACUAAUAGCAUGUGUUUCACGAUGAAAACAUCCUGUGUACGAAGAAGGUACAGAGAAUUUGUGUGGCUGAGGCAAAGACUCCAGAGCAAUGCAUUGCUGGUACAAUUACCAGAACUUCCGUCUAAAAAUCUAUUUUUCAACAUGAACAAUCGCCAGCACGUUGACCAGCGUCGUCAGGGCUUGGAAGAUUUCCUCAGAAAAGUCCUGCAGAAUGCACUUUUGCUGUCCGACAGCAGCCUGCACCUCUUUCUGCAGAGCCAUCUGAACUCCGAGGACAUUGAGGCGUGUGUUUCUGGGCAGACCAAGUACUCGGUGGAAGAAGCAAUUCACAAGUUUGCCUUGAUGAAUAGACGGUUCCCCGAAGAAGAUGAAGAAGGGAAAAAAGACAACGAUGUAGAUUAUGAUUCAGAAAGUUCAUCCUCUGGGCUUGGACACAGUAGCGACGACAGCAACCCAGCUCUGCAGGAGUCCUGAGGACGCAUCCCAGGGCCGCCACCUUAGGCAUGGAACCGUGCCCAGCCAGAGAAGAUGCUGGUUCACAAUAGAUCCCUACCUAAUGCCACCACCACUGUCUUAGGUCGUCAGAUACUUACAGUGGUGGGUUAUUAGUGGUAGUAUUCUUAUGUUGUUUAGCCAGGCUUCUGUACAAAGCUGUACGGUCUGUGAAUCCCAUAUGACCCUUUAUUGCCAUAUAAUACUUGUAAAUAUGAUCCUGCUCUCAAGUGAAGUGAGUCAUAUGCUGUGUACGUAAGAAUAAAACGCAGUUGGUCUUGACUGAAUUUUAAGGAGCUAGGUGUAUCAGUAGCAUUUAAAAACCAGACAGAGCAUCCUUGCAGUGUCCCUGGGGAAGUUGGGGUAAAUAGUGUGUGACUAGAGCCAGGGGGAGUCAUGGUGCAGCACACUGCCUCUUUGACACCUGGCUCUUGUCUUGUGGAGACUUCCCCUACUCUGAAAAACACUUUGUUUGAUUGAAAUAUUUAAGAGUAUUUAAGCUUUCCAGUAUACUAUUUCACAUGUAAAUGGAAAAUACGUCUUACAAAUAAAGAUGUGCUAAAAUAAUGUUUACAUCUUCGGGGGAAAAUUAGACAUGUUCGUAAUUUUGCUUAAAUUUGCCAUCCGUAGAUUUAGAAAUACAUUCUCACUGUCCAAAAUCAGCUUAAACAUGGCUUCUGGCAAACAAGGCAUUUUCCCAUUGUGUAGUUAGAAUCAUAGCUUAUUUAAAAAAAUAUGCAUUAAAAAAAAAUCACCUGAUAACUCUCACAGUGGUGGCUCCUCACUACUUACUUUUAAGUUGGAAGAAGGUAUUUAUGAGUUAAAUUAAUUUUAUCUAUAAAUAUUUCAAUAAUUUUGGAGUGGAAGUCAAGUUGCUAAUGUCAGAGCUUAUAUUUGUGUUUUAGAAGCCCUUUCUUUUAAGGUAUUUACCUGAAGAUUGGCUUAAUCUGAAUAAAAUAGUUCUCUCUCUCUCUUUGUGGCCCAAAGAUAAGAUGUCUUGGGUCUGCUGAGAGUUUCAGACGAGGCACAAAGAUAAGAUUUCUUGGGUCUGCUGAGAGUUUCAGACGAGGCAGCAUUUUCCUGGGAUAAUUAGCCAGGUCCUCCCCACUAGUGAUGCACAGUAUCUUCAGUAGCUAGAAGAAAGUAUUUUCACCUAAGUGGGAUAACUUGUUGCUUUUAGUGAAAGGCUCCCACUCUCACUGGGUAUAAAAGCUGCUGCAAAAGGGAGCCAUUCACUUGGGUGUUUAGUAGUUAUUGUGUUAAUAAAAAGUUAUUGAAUUGUCCUUUGAAAUGCUUGUUUCAGAGAACUGGUAAAAAAGAAACAGACAUUAAAUUUAGAAUAAGAGUGAUUUCUUUAAUUUCUCCUUUUUAAAAAAAAAUUGACACAUUAUUAAACUUCUGUAAAUAUUUUGAUUUAGUGUCUUAGAUCUUGUCCUCUAGUAUUAAUUUAAUACAGUAAGAUUUAGCAGCUGCUUAUCUUGCUGCAUGGGAAAUUUAGAGGCAUCCCCACCCCUCAGUAAUAGAUAUGAAUUCACAACAUUUAUGUUCUACAGCACUUUUGAAAAGCAUAUACUGUGCUACCAGUUAUCAUACUGUUUCUUGAGACAAUGUAACCAUCGAAGUUAAUAGUAAGUGAGGCUUAAUAUUUGCUCUGUAAACUUCACAAGGUCAUUGUUUUCACAUUAAACAUAAAAAACAACA